UACUGAAAUACACCCGUCCUUGGACGUGCAAAAGACGAGUAAAUAAAUAUUCUCAAUGCUUCUGUCAUGAGCUAUCCAUCAUCCAUCACCUCUCAGUGCCACGUGCUUCCGCCCACGUGGUUCCGCUACUUCGCGUACAUGCCGGCUUUGCUGUUGCUGGUGGUGGUUGUAGUUGGUUGUGGUGGUUUGGGUGGUCGUGGUAAGGACGUGAGCAGGGAACAGUCGCCCCGGGUUUGCCGUCGCGACUGAAGGCGACUGCCGUCUACCGCGGUCUCGCACAACUUUGCACAGCGCUCAGAAGCGCUGCGACUCGAGACCAGGGCCUUGCUCGGGCGGGCUCCCUCUCCCUACCCCCGCUGCUUGCCUGAAUUCCCCGCCGGCCGUGAGUCGGCGCGCUACCCGCCCGGCGCCCCCCCCCCCACCAACCAUGGAGCUGCUGCCGCGGAGCCACCGCGACUUCAGCAGCGCGCGCUACUGGGAGAGGUUCUUUGAACGGCGCGGCGACGACGCCUUCGAGUGGUACGGCUCCUACGAGGAGCUGGCGGGGCUGCUGCGGCGCUACGUGAAGCCCAGCGACCAGGUGCUGGUGGUUGGCUGCGGGAACUCGGAGCUGAGCGAGCGAGUGCAUGACGCCGGCUUGGCCAAGAGUGUGGUGAGCGUGGACGUGAGUGAGACGGCCGUCAGGGUGAUGCGCGAGCGGCGACCCGACCUCGACUUCCGAGUCAUGGACGUCACCGCCAUGGACUUUGACGACGGCUCCUUCCAGGUGGUGCUGGACAAGGGCACCCUGGACGCACUAAUGCCAGACUCAUCUCCUCCCACGCUCCUCACCGUGACGCGCAUGUUCUCUGAGAUCUCCCGCGUGUUACAGUUCGGAGGGCGGUACCUGUGCGUGUCGCUGGCCCAGGAGCACAUCCUGCACAUGCUGGUAGAGCACUUCAGCACCGUCGAGGGCUGGCCGGUACGCGUGCACGUGCUGCCACAGGCCCCCACCAGCCCUGCUGGCUCCACCGAGCACACCGGGCCCAACAUGCCGGUCUUUUUCGUGGUGCUUACACGCUUCCACAGGCUGCCCGGUCCAGCACAGCCACCCAUCUUGGAGCUCUGUCUGGACAGCCAAGGUGGUGGCAAGCCCACACGGCUGGAGAGCUCGAAGUGGCUGCUAAGUGCUGUGCAGGACCACCAGCUCUUGGCCAUUGUGAGAAGUCGGCUGCAGCGCCCGGAUGGUGCUGGGGAGGACUGCUCACUCGACCUCCUGGCCCCUGGGGCAAGCUCCCCACGUUAUUCGCUCCACGUGGUGGACCGCCGGCCCUCACCGCCCGGGAAAGCCUUCGCCAUCUUCAUUGUGCCCCAGGGCCGUGAGAGCGAGUGGCUGUUCGGCUCCCGUGAGGGCCGACGGCAGCUCGCGGCGUCGGCGGGGUUUGGCCGGCUGGUGGUGGCCACGCUGCACCGGGGCCAGGACUACGCGGGCGGCAUGGAGGCGGUGCAGGCCGAGCUUUCGGGCCCUGUCAUGCAGCUGGCGCCGCCGGGCCUUUCCUCCCGUCGCCAGCAGGUGCCAUUCCUGUCAGCCGGGGGCCCCGGGGCAGGGCUGGGUGAACGCGCGGUACGGCUGCAGGCGGCCGGGAUGGUGGUUGAGGACGUGACGGCCGAAGACGCGCGCCGCUACCGCCGCCUCCUCUUUCUCUCCAACCCCAACCUCAUCCAGUCCGAGGCCAGGCUCAUACCCAGCACUGCCUUGGCGACAAAGAAGAAGAACAAAAAGAAGAGUCCGGGACGGCGAGCAGAGCCGGGGGGAGCCGCAGCAGUGCGCACCGCGGACGGCGCGGAGAUCGACGCCGCCUUCCUCUCCUGCGAUCACCACCAGGCCAUGGUGGGCGGCCUCGCCCUACUGCGCUUCGAGCCAGCCGCCGCGUUCCGUGUGCUGCUGGUUGGCCUUGGCGGCGGCUCCCUGCCGCUCUUCUUGCACCGCCUCUUCCCGGCCUGCUCCCUCGUCGUCGUGGAGAUCGACCCGGCGGUGGUUGCCGUGGCGUCCGAGUGGUUCGGUUUCUGUGGCGACGAGCGCGCCCACGUGGUGGUCGGGGAUGGCGUUGCUCACAUCCGGGCCAUGGCCGCUCGCGGCGAGCCGGCACUGGACGCGGUGCUGUUUGAUGUGGACAGCAAGGAGCCGGCGCUCGGCAUGAGCUGCCCCCCGGCGGCCUUCGUGGAGCCAGCGCUGCUCCGGGACGUGGGCUCCUUGAUCGGCCCGCACGGGCUCUUCAUGCUGAACCUGGUUUGCCGGGACCCGGCGCUCAAGCAGACCACGGUUUCCUCGCUCAAGGAUGCCUUCUCCUGGGUCUCCUACGUCACGAUCCCCGAAGAGGUCAACGAGGUCUAUUAUUGCCGGGGCCCGGUGACGCUGCUGGCCGCCGCACCGUCACCGAACCCCGGGACGGCCGAUGGCGUCUCGGCAAGCUCCUCUGAGGGAGAGGCAGCGAGGGAAGGGGGGGUCGCGACGAGACGCGGGGGGGCCACGGACGUACGUGAGGCUGGGCAGCUGUCGGCGGAGCUGCAGGCCUGGCUGCAGAAGCGGGCCAAGAGUCACGUGCAUGAGCUGCGUCUUGCCGAGAUGCUGGGCUCUCUGAAGCUCGCGUGACCCCCCCCUGCCGCUUGUGGACUGCUUUACUGUGGAACCUGUUGCGUGCCAUGGGCACGACCCACCCCCCUCCACCUCCUUUGAACUUGACUCUUUUUAAAGCCAACUCCUGUCUCUCCUCAAGACCCGGUGAUGAUGCCCUCCUGUGGACCAGGCCAGAUAUUCCACAUCAGCGAAUGUAAGGCAACAAAGACCCCCCCCGAAUAGCCUUAACAGACUCUUGGGGAAAUUGCUGUUAAUGAGCACCUAUAAAAGCUGGCACUGCGCAUGAUGGGGGGGGGGGGGGGGGGGGGGUGGUUAGCCAACAGCAUGCCAGACUGCUUUUGUCUCUCUUGUGGUAAUGUUUACAUACCUCACCAGGUACUCAUUUGAGGCUAAGUCGACCUAUAGGAGGGCCAGGACUAGUUCAAAUAAUUGUCACUGGCGUUGGCCGUGAGUGGGAUUGGAACUCGGGUCACAAGGUUCAUAGCGGGAAAUACACACACACAUAGGUUGUCUGCUGUUUGUUUUGUGGACAUAUACACAACUAGGAUCAUGCACCAUUCAUUCAUUCUGAAAACGUCUACCAAAAUUCAAACUGACCCAAGAUUCCAGAAUGAAGAAAAAGUUGCUGGGUGGUGUAGGGUUUAAGUCAUUUGGCCGGUGAAAGGGUUUAGAGAGUCUGGUUUGCAGCACAUUUAGUGUGGGCUCUUGGGAGGAGGGGUGUGUGUGUGUCGGCGUGUGCGCAGUACAGCGGAGUGUGUGGAUGUUUGUGCUCUCGGUGGAAGAAUGUGUGGAUGUAUGUGCACUGCACGGAGGAGUAUGUGUGGUUAUCUGCUCUGCGUGGAGGAGUGUGGAUGUGUGUUAUCUGGUUGUAGUAGUGUGUGGAUGUGUGUGCGCGUUGCACGGAGGAGUAUGUGUGGAAGUGUGUGCGGAUGGUGUGCGCUGUGUACAGGUGUGUGGAUGUGCGAGUGCGCUGCUUGCACGUCCUUGGUUGAUAUUGCAACCAACCGUUGCGUGAUCGUGUCUUUCAAGGAAAAUAUCAGCUUUGCCAAGCCGCUGAUGUUGAACAAGUGGAGACAUCUACGGCAGUACUUCAUAUGUUUCUGUUUGGCUACAGCCUAUUUCAGUGUAUGCUGUUUUGUGGCAUGUGAUGAAAUGUAGCACCAGUGUAAAUAAAUGAAACACCUCCGACCUGUGUAUUGUGUUGCCUGAAAAUGGACAAAUCUGCAGAAAAUAUGGCGUUACAAAGACUCGAGACUUUUCAGUGGGUUUGUCGAGUUUUCACAGUAGGGGGCGGCGUUGCGGUGUAAUGCAGUAUUUUUCAGCAUUGGGUUGUUUAGCCAGUUUGUUUUGCCUAUGAAAGAAAACCCAUGUAGACUCCACACAGAGACACCGGAGUCGAAAUUGAACUGCUCCUCCUCCCAUACGAAUACUACAACUGUGCCACCAUUCUGCCGCCAAAACGGUUAACUUUUAUCGAAUUGUUUUUUUUUCUGCAAAGAUCUGCAGGGCUGUUUUGACACCGUGACGUGCCUGAAUGUAGAGCUUUCGCACCGUGCGUAGCCAAUCAUGCUAAUCGAGAGGUGCGGGGCUGGACAACAAAACAGAUAAAGCAGUUCUAAAGAAAUUAGUUUUCAAUCAAGAUUUGAAAGUGCCUGAUGGUUUCACGUAGCUCUCGAAGGGUGAAUAUUUGCGGUUUGCCAACCGUCGACUAUCAGGUUCUUGCUGCUUUAUUGUCGCCUUUACUUUUCACGACUCCAUCUGUGUUUUCACUUUUCAUUUGUUCUUUUGAGAAAAUAAAUCCGUUGUGCGCGAGUU